AGCGCGGACCCGCGCCAUGGCGGACGGUGGUCGUGAGGCACAGGCUCGUGCACUCCUGCAGCAGUGCCUGCACGCUCGCCUACAAGUGCGCCCGGCCGAUGGAGACGCCGCGGCGCAGUGGGUGGAGAUUCGGAGAGGAUUGGUGAUCUAUGUGUGUUUCUUCAAGGGAGCUGACACAGAACUUCUUCCCAAAAUGGUCAAUACGCUGUUAAAUGUGAAGUUAAGUGAAACGGAAAGCGGCAAGCACGUCUCAAUCCUAGAUCUGCCUGGCGACAUUCUGAUCAUCCCACAAGCCACCCUCGGAGGCCGGGUGAAAGGACGGAACAUGCAGUACCACUCUAACUCCGGAAAGGAGGAGGGCUUAGAACUGUACUCCCAGUUUGUGAGUCUGUGUGAAAAAACCGUGGCCAACAACAGCAAGUGUGUAGAAGCGGGGGUUGCGGUGGCGCACGGCACGUACGGGAACCGGUUGAGCCACAGAAGGAGCUGCAGGCAGUGCUCCCAGCCUUUGGAUGAUUCGUAGAUCUCUUUCCCUGGUAGUGAACUGCUCACGCGAGCCAAGCCCGCCACACGUGCUAGCUACUCGGCAUUUCUUGUCCACUGUUAAUGAGACCAUUCUCUUUUCCUUUCUUUCUCCUCUUUAAAAACAAACAAACAAACAAACAUAAAACCUGGCUUCUCCUCUCUGGAUCUCAGUAGAAGUCAUGGCAAGUUUUAAAGUUCUAUUUAUAAGCAAAAAUUAAAACAUCUAGGCUGGACAUGGUGCUGCAUACCCUAUUGAUCUGAGCACUCCGGAGGCAGAGUCGGGUGGAUCUCUAUGAGCUGGAGGAUAAUCUGGUCUACGAAGUAAGGUCUAGACCAGCUAAGCUAAGGCCAUAUACAGAGACUGUGUCUUUAAAUCCGAGGAAAGGAGGAGGAAGAAGAAAAGAAGAAGAAGAGG